AUGAGAAACCACACCACAGUAACAGUAUUCAUUCUUCUAGGACUGACAGAAGAUCCUCAGUUGCAAGUUUUGCUUUUUAUAUUUCUAUUUCUCACCUACAUUUUGAGUAUAACCGGAAAUCUGACCAUCAUUACCCUAACACUGGUAGAUCCUCACCUUAAAACACCCAUGUAUUUUUUCCUCCAAAAUUUCUCUUUCUUAGAAAUCUCAUUUACAACCUCCUGUAUUCCAAGAUUCCUAUACAAUAUAUCAACUGGGGACAGAACCAUUACCUAUAAUGCAUGUGUGACUCAAUUAUUUUUUACAUAUCUUUUUGGGGUAACUGAAUUUUUUCUCUUGGCAACCAUGUCGUAUGAUCGCUAUGUGGCCAUCUGCAAACCCUUGCAUUAUAUGACGAUCAUGAGCAACAAACUGUGCAAAACAAUGGUCAUCUGCUGCUGGAUGGUGGCACUUAUGACUAUCCUCCCGCCACUCAGCUUAGGUUUUCAUCUGGAAUUCUGUGAUUCUAAUGUCAUUGAUCAUUUUGCCUGUGAUGCAUCACCUCUCCUGAAGAUCUCAUGCUCAGACACAUGGUUAAUUGAGCAGAUGGUAAUAGUCUGUUCUGUACUGGUCCUCAUCAUCACUCUCAUAUGUGUAGUUUUCUCCUAUAUAUACAUCAUAAGGACAAUUCUAAAAUUUCCUUCUCUUCAACAGAGAAAAAAAGCUUUUUCUACCUGUUCUUCCCACAUGAUUGUACUUUCCAUCUCUUAUGGCAGCUGCAUUUUCAUCUAUGUCAAACCAUCUGCAAAAGAAGAGGGAAAUAUUAACAAAGGUGUGUCACUGCUUAUUUCUUCCAUAUCACCAAUGCUGAAUCCUUUUAUAUAUACUUUGAGGAAUAAGCAAGUUAAACAAGCCUUUAAUGACUCACUGAAAAAAACUGCAUUUCUCUUAAGAAAGUAA